GCAAUGACACCUCAGUCUGUUCACAGCUGGCAUAGGAGAUAGACUGCUUGUGGGGAUAGUUCUUAAUUCAUUGUUAGCUACUCAGAAGCUUAUCUUGUGUGAUGAUAAGUGUUCAAUGAAAGUAUACAAGGUCAGAAUGUAUAUAUAUUAACCGUUACCUGGUUUUAUCCAACUAUUUCUUGUGCAAAGCUCGUUUCAUUGGGAUGGACCAUCAAGUGAAGAUUCUUGCGAGAUCGAAUAAGACAAAUACUGCCAGUCGGAAUAUGUCAAGGAAAAGUUCUAGAAAUCCAGUUAAAUCUAAGACAGACAAUGCACCGGUUACAAGAAUAAAUCGUAAACGGAAAGCUGAAGAGGUAGAAGAUAUGGAAGUGGCUGUAUCUAAACGAAGACAGCAGUAUAAAAUUCAGAAUCAAUGGAUACCAAUUUCUGAGGAUUCUUCUGUGACAUCGUGUUCUAUAAUUCCUGCCAUGGAUUCUGUAGAAUAUCACAGUAGUGUCGAAGAAACAACACCCCAAGACUUUUUCCAAGGUGCACAGUUCCGCUUUCAGAACUACUUCACCACACCUAAAUCAUUACGGUUUUCACCACUACCUAAAUUCAGCUGGGCUGAUUCUAAAGAAGUAUGGCAGCUAAUGUUAAAGAAAGAAGAAUUCUAUGUUCGAGAUACGAAUAUGUUUGAUCGACAUCCAGCGUUACAGAGUAGAAUGAGAACUAUUUUAUUAGACUGGUUAAUAGAAGUAUGUGAAGUUUAUAGGUUACAUAGAGAAACAUAUUAUCUAGCUAUGGAUUUUCUAGAUAGAUAUAUGUCUGAGAAACAUAAUGUUCUUAAACAUCAGUUACAGUUAAUAGGAAUUACAGCCUUAUUUAUAGCAGCUAAAUUAGAAGAAAUUUAUCCACCUAAGUUAACAGAUUUUGCAUAUGUUACGGAUGGUGCUUGUACAGAAAAUGAAAUAUUAGAUCAAGAAUUAGUUAUGUUAAAGUCAUUAAGGUGGGGUUUAUCACCUAUGACGGUUAAUAACUGGUUAGGAAUCUAUCUACAAGUUUCAAAUUUAGAACAAAUUAAUGAAACUGAACAUAGUUUUGUUUAUCCACAAUUUUCUGGUCAUUCCUUUGUACAGAUAGCAAGGUUGCUUGAUUUGUGUACGUUAGAUAUUGGAUGUCUUCAGUUUUCCUAUAGUGUUGUAGCAGCAUCUGCUCUUUACCAUAUGUCAUCACAAGAAAUAGCUUUAUCUGUAUCAGGUUUCAAGUGGCCAGAUAUUUUACCUUGUGUACAAUGGAUGGCACCAUUUGCUGUAACAAUGAGAGAAGCUGGACCAUUAGAAAUUAAGUUCUUCUCUACUGUAGCAUCUGAUGAUAGUCACAAUAUACAAACACAUUCUGUUACUGUAGCUUUAUUGGAAAAAGCUCAAACCCGCCAAGAAGAAAUGCUCAAUGAGAGUGGUAGAAGAAGUCCUGAUCCUGAUGUGGCAGCACGAAUUAUAACAUUAUUAACACCUCCACAGAGUGAUAAAAAACCUUUACCCACGAACACAUAUAAACAAGGUUACGAAGCUUCCUAAUACAUGAAAUCAAAUCGUCCUUGUUCAGCCGGUGUUAUUAUGGACUUCUUGAAGAUUGGACGUGUUCUGUGCUAUUCCUAGUCGUUGGGUAAAGACAUUUUGUUAUCAGUGCUGUACAAAGAUAUCUGCUUUGCUCCGACUGAACAGUUUUUUUGUGUUUGUGCUUCAAACGACGGGAAAACCUCCCAAAAUGGCAGGGAAAAUCAAAACCACAAUGACUAUAUAAAUACUAAAAAUACAAAAAAAAACAGAAGUGAAGUUAAUGUACAUGGAGGAGAGAGCGUUUUUUUAAAGAUGGUUUCUUAAAAAUGAAUUUUAAUGGAAGAUAUUGUUCCAUAAAGACACAAAUGAAGAAAAGACAAUUUGACAUUUUAAAAUUGUAAUAUAGAUAUUUAAAUUACACUGCCAUCUUUGAUCUCAGUGAAAAGACUUUUUUAUAAGAAAAAGUUAGACAGAUGUUGAAUGACCAUAUUGCUUACUUGUAUUGUGUAUUUGAAGUGAGAGACAUUUAGUGUAUAUGAAAUCAUUUAUGUAUGUGUGUCACUGUAUACCUUGUAUUGAUAUAUUGAACCUAUAUCAUAAUAUAUUUAAAAAUGGCGAAAAAAAUAAAAUUAAUGUUGACAUGUGCAAUGUCUCUUUUUGCAAUAUUAUAAUAUAUUUGAACAUUGUAUAACUGAUAUAUGUGGUUGUAAAUCAUAUAUUUCUAGUAGUGUCCUAAAUAUGCUGCCUAUUAACUCCACAAACUUAUGUAUGGAGAAUAAAUUUGUAAGACCCUGUAUUUACAUAAAGUAUUAACGAUCAGUACAAUUUAAAGAUUAAAGAAGUUAUUUAAAUUGUGAUGAAAAUAUGUGAUGAAUUCUCCACUAUUUAUAUAAUAACACGUCUGAUUUCUUUUAAACUUUGUGAUAUUCUAACAUCGAAUACAAUAUUUUCAUUUAGCAAUAAAUGUCAGUGCAAUAACUACUACCAUUUUGCAUUUGAGUCGAGUUUAGGAUUUGUUGAUGGAACAUUCUAACACGAUUCAAAUCUUACAAAAGAAUUAAGAUAAUUUCAACAUUAAUAGUAAUAUAUUAAGAUGAGAAGUAGAUCUGAACUAUAAUAACGUUAUUAUUGUGUAUAUAAAGAAAUAAUAUAGUUCAGUUUGUACAGUGCUCUAGUGUUUAAAUCAAGAGAUAUUCAGACCAAUAUCUUAGUCCGACAUUCAUGACCAUUGAAUGAUAUGACCCGAAUAAAGAUAAUAUUUAACAUGUAUAACAAAUAUUGUUUUGGACCUGUGGCUUGCAAAAUCACCGUAGUUCUGGUCUGAAUUCCUCUUGUUUAAUUAACCAAUUUUUGGUUAAUACCAGAAAUUUUUAAAAAUGGAGUGAAUCUUGUUACACUAUGUUAAUAAAAGUGUAAUAAUCACAUUACUAAUUUUACAAUAUUAUAAUUAUAAGUAAUAAUCUCAUUAUUUAUACUGUCAUAAGUGAUAAUAAUUUAAUUUUAAAUGUAAAAAAAAACUGAUUGUAUUUAUAUAGCUGUAGAAUCAACAAUAGUAGUAUUAGUAAGUAGACUAUUGGUUUAUUUCUUACCUCACAUUACAAUUCCUCUAUCAUUGAAUUCUUGCAUCUUUUUAUUUAAGUUCAAUACUUUAAAGGAAUUAUUCUAGGCUUGAUGGUGAAAAUUUCUUAUGGUAUGCAGGUACACGCAUGUCUGAAGACAGCUGUUUAGUUUAGGAAAAAAAAUUGGAUUUAAAAAUUGCCUAAAAAAAUAGUUAAAUCUAUCAUUGUAAGAUUUGAAAAUUGUCAAAAAAAAAAAAUUAUGCCAAAACACACCAUGUACCCAGAGAUGAAUUUUCUACUGCCUACAUUAAUGCCCACCUUAUUUAUAUAAAAGUAUUUUGUAUAAACGGUAGAAUAGUUGUGGAGAGUGAAUGAAGAGAGAAAUGUCGCUGUAUUUCAUAAUAUAUGUAUUCAAAGAGUUCAUACAGGUUCAUUAAUAACAAUACAUAAAAUGAAUCUUUUUAGAAACAUAAUUUACAGUUAAUAUCUAGUUUCUUCAAAUAAUUUUGGUUUUUUGAAUUGGCUAAUUCGACUAUUUAAUGUUGAAUAUUAUUAUAAUAUGAAUGAUUAAAGUAUAACAUAUUAUAUGCCUUAAUUAUUGUUCAGCAUUAGUUGUAUGAAGUUAAAAAUUGUCUGAAAGAAUUAAAAAAUGUGUCCCAACAAGAUCCUGACCCUUGGUAUAAAUGAUUAAUACAUUGGAGAAUAUGUUGUCAUGUUUCUUACUAACAUUAUAUACAUACUAGUCACUGUCUGUAUAACAAUAUUCUAACAUCUUCAGGAUUAAUUGUAAUGUGCACCAUGUAAAAUAGUUGCAAAAUACCUGGUAGAAAUUUACUAAAAAUAGUUAUUUGAUUUAAAAUUAGAUAAACUCAAGUAUAUUGAAUUUAAAAAUUUUUGACAUUUGUCAUCAAUGAAUUCUACUAUUUUGAGAUUUAUUAAUACAAAGGAAUUUAAAAUUUGAUAUAGUUUAAGAUCGACAAAAACAAUAAACAGUCACUUUAAGACUUGAGUUUAGUAAAUUGCUGUAUUUUACAUGUGAUUAAAUGUUUAUGAAUGUUAGUUGUGAGUUGUGAAUGAUUGGUUUAUAUUGUUAUAAAAGUGUUCUAUAACUCAACACUGCCAAUAUUCUCACCAGUUUUUGUUUUUGGUUACCAGAUAUUAUUCUUAUUUUAUGAAAAAGAAACUAUUUUUAUACAACUGUUGUAAUUAUUUUGAGGGUAUUUUAUUCACCAUCAAUGAAAUGCACCAAUAGAAUUAAAUCACAUCAAUAUGUCUUUAAAUAAAAAAAAGGCAACAAGUGAUUUAUCUUUUUUUUGUAAUGGGUUAUUUUACUAUGUUUUUUAUUCAACAAAAAAAUGUAAUAUAUAGAAUGAAAUAAAAUGACAACCAAAUUUACA